CAGUGCACGCUCCAUCCAUCAAAUCUUGGCGUGGAUGGUGCCCGGCACAUGUGGCGCGCUGUCUUUCCCCAUGCAGACUUGGUCAAAUCCAUCAAACUCUCGCCCUUUUGUCCUCCCAGCACUGUUUGCCGGGUUAGUAACCAGCUUGUCAUGGACGGUGGGCCGCUGAGGCGAGCGCGCUGAGGCCCAGUGAAUCCCUUCCCAUGAGUAAAAAGGAAAAUGUCUCUGGCGUCACUGGUGUCAGGAAGCCCACGCAGGGCCAGCGGAAAGGCCCCAGCGGAACUCCUUUGUCUCCUAGCAGUUUAAGCGUCGCUCAAAGCAGGCGUAAACAAGGAGCUAUUGCUGGUCCAACUGCGCGCGUGCCUUACAUCCUUCGUUUUGGCUACGAUGGCUGGUCAUCAUCACUGCCACCACAAUCGCCCAUCGACCGACAUCAUAAUCAUCUCGCCUACCCCCAAUCCUGGGACCUUCCUUUGGACAUUGGGCUUAAAUCAACUUCGCCGCAUGCACUAGUGUGGUGGUUGUGCAGCAUCCUGCAUUUGCGUCCUGCAAAUAUCCUUUGUUACGGCUCUGGGGAGAAUCAGGCUUGCCGACCCCUGCGAGGCUCCAGCUCGGACAAGAAGCGAGCAACUCACGCCGUACUUCCCAGCGAUUAGAAUGUUACCCAGCACUCAAAUGCUGACGGGUUCAACGUCGCAUGCCAAUUAUAAAUCGGACGACUCUGCCAUCUCGGACAAACCACUAAUCUCCUCCAGCUUUGUUUUUCUUCACGUCGACCAAAAGAACAUAUCAUCGACGGAAGAGAUGCAAGCAGGGUCAAGAGGGCGGGGCAACAAUGACGAUUUGUGGCAUUCCAUGGGGAGUAGGCGGCAGGGAGAACGUAGAGAAGAACAAUCCGCUUACCAUUUCACCUCAUCACAUCAUAGCCCACUUCGGGGCACAUUCGCGCCAGUCCCAAUGAUCUCAACUAGUACCGUCGACAGACCCACCCCAUCGUCUCCAGAAUCCCACAGAAGAAGAAACAAACCAGCCUCGUUACGCAGUCUACUCUCACGCCGUUCAUCAGCUGAGCCUGGCACCGCUGAUCAACUCCCUCUCGCAAGUCCGCAUUCACAUCACCGUUCAUCAUCUCGGGAUGGCAAACUGAUUCCCGAACCACUCUUCUCCGCUCGCUCGUCCUCCAGGAGCAUGCCCAAUUCGCCUCUUGCCGUGUCAACGAACCAUCCUGACAUAGCUCGAGCCAAGUCCGCAUCCCCAGCAUAUCCUGUACAGACACAGUAUGAGCCCCCCUCGCUCGCUCUUCCCGUUACCUCGUUUCCACAGCGCGCGACGUCCAUGGAAACGUAUUUUGACCCUAAUGCUUCGCGUAAUACAUGGCCGCACUCAGAUCCACGACCUUCCACAGCCAUGCCACAGACUUAUGGAGCGCAACCCGAAACAGAACCCUUUAAUGAUUACAACGAGUUUCAUCUGUUUGCUGAGGCGAUGAGCGGACUUCCGGAUAGCUUCGAUGCCAUGUCGCCAAAUGAAGCACCAAGAUUGCAAGCUUCUCUUUUUGCUAGAGGUAAUCAAAAUGACAUGAUACCGCUACCUUUAAUGAACUCUUCUGCUUUCGAAAGCCGCCGACCCAGCUCCAACGAUUUUGCUUCACUCCGACAUUCUCGAGACCGGUCGACAUCUAGAUCAGAAUAUCGCGGAUAUUCUCAAAUGAGUCGACCGGCACAUACAUCACAAGAAGUCAUUCCGAUACCCAGUAUGGACGAUGAAUGGGAUCCCCAGCAACGACGCCGUGAAAUCACCGGGUAUAGCUCAGUUCCGAAUGCAAAUGAUAGGUGGUCCUCACAUCAGCAUUCCGAUAGCGCUCUAUCCUACAGUACCGCUGUUCCUGGAAUUGAUUCCUAUGAACAACCAUCGAGCUUCGAUGCCGCUUCAUCAUCAAAUUAUGCUUUCCCGCCACCGUCUAACUCAGACUUUCCUCGUCGAGCAUCGUACGAUCGACCACCAACCGAGCCCAUGCCCCCCCAUUUGGCCGUUGUGAAUAUGGAGCUCGAGAGACUGGGAAUAGAAGAUGAGCAGAAUCCAGAUGACGAGUUGCCAAACUACCAACAAAGCCAGGCGGAGAUGAACGAAAGAAGAAGAGUAGAAGCUUCGGCUAGGGCUAGGGAACUUGAGAACAGAUGGAACAGUUCUCGUGGUUACAGAUGAAGAUAGUUCUCCUGCUCCGUCAUUGCGUAUCAUGCGUACAAGCGUUCAUGUUUAGAGGCGUCAUCUCCCCAGUCAAUUUCCCCUUGUAUAUUCUUCUGGUUUGCCCUAGUUUUGGGGUAUUCUUUGUUCUUUUUACAUACUUUGUUUCUACUUGUACAAAAGUCUUUAUCUCUAUUGAAACACUCGAACAGGCUACUAUUUCUAAUGAUGUCAUGUUUGGCAACUCGAAUUUGGAUCACACCGUCUUUCCCUUGAUCUGCAAAACCACACAUAACUAGCACACUUCAUGGUCUUGGUGUUCUCAAGUCCAAUUUGUGACGCCAACAUCUGAAGAAAGGCAGUGGUCUCGCAUGCUCUCUUCGGCAAUCGUUCCUCUGUUGAAUUCGUAUAUUUUUCCCGUCGAGUCAGAUAGCUCGUAUGAACAAGCCUUAGCACAUAGUUUUCAUUUGUCCAAUCAAUGUCCGUCUUUCCCUUGCUCUCCACUCGGCUCUCUUAAUACAGAUCACAUAGAUGUAUGCCCGCCACCCCGUGUACACUGCAAACUCAGUACCCUCGAACAUGCAAAGUACCUCGUAAAUCUACAUCGAUUAUUUAGACUAAGCAGAACAAGCGGAUCUGUAUCACACCGUCUUUGGUUGCUUUUUCCUGUCAAGUCUGCCUCGGGAACUGCCUCGAACGGCUACUAUUCCCAUUUCGCUCAUGUGCAUAUCGCCCCCUAUCACUACAUCUGUACUCUGCGGGAAGUUUGCUGGGAUGUCGCGUACCAGUACGAGCACGACAGUGCUUUAGCGAGAUAUCGAAGGGGUAAUUACUUUAUUUUAAGGUCUGCAGUGGGUUACAAUAGGUAGUUAGCCGGGCUGGACGGAGCAUCGCUGUCUGAUCAAGUAGUACACAUGCAUCAAACAUGGGUUCUGAUUCACUUCCGCAACAAGUUGAAUCGCACAUCAUAAAAAGCGGCAAUUCGAUGUGCAGAUACAUGUCACAAUUGCAUUUGCGAUACUCCGCAGUAUGUAGGCACUUUCGUCGGCAGGUCGCACCAACACCGUGGGUAGAUUGCCUGACUAUCCAGGUGUCAACUUGAGACUUUCGUGUUGCCUCCUUCCUAAAUGCUUGAACUGUAUUAUGUGAAGCGAUCCGAUCGCUUCCGGCUUUGUCUGACGCGGUAAGCAAUGCGCUAUUGUAUAUCAACGGAAUUCAGCACAACUCUGAAGACCACCUGUACAGAUUUAUGUCAACCAGGAUAGAAGGUCUUCGUAUACCUGGCCCGAUCCUGCUUCUUCAUGGCUUAUUUCUGUCUGAUGCGUGGGGUGGUGUGGGGGCCAAACCGCCACUACAAGACUUUUCGACAAACAAAUCUGUGAUUCAAUUCAGAGGCCAUCUCUCUGCCCAUUAC